GAAAAAUUGAAACGAUAUUAAUAGAAAAAAAACUAGUGAAAAUUGCCCAAAAACUAGUGAAGAAAAAUGUUUCGUAGUCGGAGUUGGUUCGGUGGCGCUUGGAAUAAGCCAAAAAACCGUUUAUCGUUGGAACAUCUAAAAUAUUUAUAUAGUAUUUUAGAAAAAAAUACAACUGUAUCCGAGAGUAAUAGGGGUUUACUGGUAGAAUCGUUAAGAAGUAUAGCGGAAAUUUUAAUAUGGGGUGAUCAACAUGACAGUUCGGUUUUCGACUUUUUCCUAGAGAAAAAUAUGUUAUCAUACUUUUUGCAUAUAAUGCGUCAAAAAAGUGGAGGUUCCAGUUUUGUAUGUGUUCAAUUAUUACAAACUUUGAAUAUUCUCUUCGAAAAUAUACGUAAUGAAACUUCAUUAUAUUAUUUGUUAAGUAACAAUCACGUAAACUCAAUAAUCGUGCAUAAAUUUGACUUUUCUGACGAAGAUGUUAUGGGUUAUUAUAUAUUGUUUUUGAAAACUUUGAGUUUAAAAUUAAACACUCAUACUAUACAUUUUUUUUAUAACGAGCAUACAAACGAUUUUCCUUUAUAUACGGAGGCUAUUAAGUUUUUUAAUCAUCCUGAGAGUAUGGUACGAAUCGCAGUUCGCACCAUAUCGUUAAAUGUUUAUAAAGUACAAAAUGCCAGCAUGUUACGUUUUAUAACAGACAAUUGCAUUAUUAGAACGGCUGCUCCCUAUUUUAGCAAUUUAGUGUGGUUUAUAGGGAAACAUAUAUUGGAAUUAGAUAGUUGUGUACGCACCGACAUAGACCAUCAAUCUAAUCAAAAACUAUCAAAUUUGGUAGCGGAACAUUUGGAUCAUUUGCAUUAUUUAAAUGAUAUUCUAUUGCUGGAGAUUAAGGAUUUGAAUGCCGUCCUCACCGAACAUUUGUUACACAAGUUAUUUGUACCACUCUAUAUAUAUUCAUUAACACCUACCCCACCGCCUCCUCCACCUUUGGCAAUUGUAACUCAAAAUUUGGCAGCGGUCUUGAAACGUAGUGUCGACAUUGAUAUUCACGAAAUGCAAAAUCCUCGAGUUUCUUCCAUAGUAGCUUUGUAUUUACUAUCAUUGGUCUUCCUGGUUGUUACUCACGCUCCUUUAGUUCAUGCUUUAGCUUGGGUUAUCUUGAAUGGCGACAAUAGUGUCUUUAAAGAAGGAGCUGCUGCUGUACUUAACGCUUAUGUAGAGAAUCGUGAGGCGGUAAUACCAAGUUUCGCCGAACCCCGGGAGAGUUUGGAGCAAGCACUAGCCAGCAGUUCGGGCUGUUCUUCUGCGGAAGAGCCCGCCGAAAAUACCACAAUUGAUCUAACGGCUACGGAACACAAUUCAACGUCAAAUGCUGACACCGUCCAAACAGAUGUUGUUGCAUUUCCUACUGUCAAGCUGGCGAAUAUCACCGAUGAAGAAAAGCAAGAACUACAACAACAACAUCAAAUGACAUCAUCUAGCGGUAGUGCUAGCAUCAUUCAAAGGCCGUUUUUGGAUUUUGUUUUAUUGGCUUUAGAUUGCAGUGAAAACGAUUAUUUGGCAUUAUUGUCCCUUUGCUUAAUCUACGCGAUGAGUUUCAAUAAAGGUUUAAAAAAUGAUUGGUUCCAUCAAGUGCUAUCGAAAUCGAAUAACGGUUCCUUAAGCUAUAAAAGCGAAUUGAUUGAACGUUUAUUGAAUAUCGUUACGUUAUCAAAUCAAGCCACCACGUGUCGUACACGUUUGAUAACAGUUGAGAUGGCCUUGCAUUUAUUGUUAAGUUUCACGAAACCACGGAACGGACCAACAACGGAAAGUAUUACUAUUAAUAAUAUUACGGAAAUUCAACAGGAAGUUUUAUUUGCUGCACGUCAACAAUCGAUGACGAUAUUACGUAAUUUUUAUAAAUCCGAAGAUAUAUUCUUGGAUUUAUUUGAAGAUGAAUAUAAUGAGAUGCAAAAAAAUCAAUUAAAUGUCGAAUUUUUAUGCAUGGAUUCGACAAUUCUAUUACCACCCACCGGGACACCGUUGACAGGAAUAACAUUUACACGUCGUCUUCCGUGCGGUGAAGUGGAGAAAGCUCGUAGAGCUAUAAGAGUAUUUUUCUUGUUACGUAAGACGUGUCAAGAGUUCCUUAAGGAAAAAGAAACUAUGUUACCUUUAACGAAUGCACUGGACUUGGUGCAAGUCGAUGUUGUUUUGGAUUUAAACAAUAGUGAUUUAAUUGCUUGCACUGUGAUAGCUAAGGAUAAUAUUAAGCAAAGACGUUUUCUGGUUGUCGAUCCUUUGCAAUUAAUUCUAGUUGAGCCGGAUGCUAAACUUUUAGGGUGGGGCGUAGCGAAAUUCGUUGGUUUCUUGCAAGACGUUGAAGUGGCAGGCGAUAAAGACGAUAGCCGUUGCUUGCAUAUAAUCGUUCAUCGUGGCGGUGCGGUACAUAAUCGUGGACCGCUAUUAUCAGCGAAAUUUAUGUUCGACGAUCAUAUACGCUGCUUGGCGGCAAAGCAACGUUUAACGAAAGGUCGUAGCAAGGCGCGACAAAAAAAAAUGUAUCAAAUUGCUCAGAUGAUUGAGUUACCUGGACAAGUCAUAGAUUCACCGAUUUAUGCUAAAGCUGGCAUGAGAAAUGCCAGCGGUGCUAGCAGCAGCAGUAGCAAUUCACGCUUAUCGGCCCGCGAUCAUCGUCCCAUCUUUUCUACGAGUAAUCGUGUGCCCGGCUUUGCGGCUGCCUUACGACGGGAAAAUGUUCCCGGUGGUGUUAGUCGCAUACAAAUGGCUCAAAAUCGUUCCAUCGAGGGCAUACGCAAUGAAGUGAUUGCCAAUCGCUCUCGUAGACGUAAUUCAAAUGCCAGCACGAAUUCGACAUCUUCCACAUCGCAACAAAGCCGUGAAUCACAAGUACGGGAAAACUCCAAUUCACCGAGCAGUAAAUGUUCUACUCAUUCUCGCGAAAACUCGCAGGCACGAUCGUCGAGAGAAAGUAGUCCUCGUUUGAUUAGACCAAGAUCUGAAGAAAUCCCUUUAGAAGACUUUCAACAAUCCCGUAAUAAUAGUCCCCAUAGUCGUGUACCUUCCGGAUCAGGCAACUCACGUUCGCAUACACCCUCAAGAGCUCUAACUUUUGAUCAAGUUUCUAUAAGUAAUAAUUCAGCAUCCGAUUCAGUUAAUAUAUCCAAUGUCGCGCAAGUGAACGGUGUUACGGCAGCAGCUAAAACCAAAGACUCUACAACUCAUAUUAAUAGCUCUUCGGAGGAGACUUCUUUUAUAGGAAGUGAUCAAGUCGAUGGUUCGUUAUCUUCAGGUUCUAAUGGCCGGCGUAGAGGUGUUAUAGAAACUGUGUGACGGAUUUAUGUAAAC